AUGAAAGCUGCAUUAAAAUGCAUUAGCUCAGGUAAUGUGACUCUUUCCCUCACAGCCUGAGGGGCAAUAAUAAAAAGGCACUACAGUGGAUCUAAACAGAGCUCUACUGAGAUGAGUGGAAAGGAUCUACAUCCAUUCAGCUCAACCUACAGAGCAGGUGAUGUAGAAAAAGUGACACUACGGAUGAAAAAUGGUCUUGGCAGCUCAAAGUACAAUCCUGCAGACUAUAAAAGACUGCAAGCUAUUGUUGAUGCCAAACGCCAGGAGUCUGAUGUCAUUGGACAAAAGGUUCAGAAAAUUCAGUGUGCAGCCAAGGCAACCAAGGAGAGUUCAAUUUUACGGCAGCACAGAAAGGUGUGGAGCAGAGAGUGCCCCAGGCUGCAAAAGGCUGAGGAGAAGGCUGAGAAUGACCUUCAUGAUUUUCUGGAGCAGAUCAGACCCUCUAGCACAACAGACACUGCCAUCUUCUCCCUAAAGGAUUAUGAGCUUUUCCUUGAGAGGGAGCGGGAGGCAUUCAGGAUAGCCGCAGUGCAGCCUGUUCACCAGCUCCGGGAAGACCUGUUCUUCAGACUGGGUGAAGUACAACAUCAACAGCUCACUGUCAAUACAUCAAACUGGGAACAAGUAAUACAACAGAUUGAAUUUGUGAAAGACCAACAAGAUGAAGUUACUGCAAAACUUGAUUCAGAGUGUGCAGCAGUGGAGGAGGAGAUUAAAUGUCUUGGUUUAGAGAAAUAUUUUACCAGUACUUCAGAUACUCUGGUGAACAUGGAGAGUAUUCCAGAGGAAGUGUUAAAUACAGACUGCCCUUACCCAGAGCUGAAGGACUCGCUGAUCCAGGCCUUCCUCUCCCUGUCAGAAAGAUAUCAGCGCAGAUUGCACAGCCUUCAAGAGCAGCUGCAAGAAGCAGACAGAUUCUGUUGCAGGUUCGGUGGCUGGUGUCCGGAUGACCAUCUAUGCUACCAGUUCACAUUGCUGCAGUACACUCAUGACAUACCCAACCACAGAGCGCUCUGCAUGGACAUGCUGCAGAGACUCUUCCCUGAGAAAAGUAGACAAGAGCUGAUCCAGCAUGAACGUGCGUGGGACUGGCAGCGCUUCAUCCGGGUACAGCUGAAUGUCGUGACCCAGCAGUGGCAACGGGACCAGGAAGAGCUACUGGCGAGAGCCCUGUACAUAUUGCAAGAGGCAACACAUGUCCACCAGGAGGAGCUGGAGCAACACAGAGACCGUCAGAACCAGAAGGACAUCUGCUCGCAUCUCAGGGAGAAGCUGCAGCGGUGGCGGGCCCAGCAGGAAGAGGUGGCGAAGCUGGAGGCAGCUAUAGCUGAUAGACAGCAAGCAGAGGAAGAAGCGAGGUCAAAGAGGGAGCAAGAGAAGGAGGCCACCAUCAGGUCACAGCAGAAAGAGAGAGUCAGGCAGUUUUAUUUAAAGCAGCAGAAGAGGAAGGAGGAGCUGGAGCACAGGGAUCAAGAGAGACUCGCUAAUCUGAGGAGCGUCAUGGAGGAGCAGGCGAGGAGAGAUAAAGAGAGGGUGCAGUUUAGGGUAGACAUGUUGCAGCGGCGACGGGAGGAGAGAGAGGCUCGGGAGCUUGAGCAUCAGAGAGAAGACGAGGAGAAGCAGAAUCGUCUGGAAGCUCUCAGAAACCAGGUUGGGGUGGUGGCAGAGGCGGACCCAGAGAGGAUGAUGGGAGAUACUGAGGCUUGGAGGAGUCGACUCUUGAAUGCAAAGGAGUGUGAGCUCCAGAGGCCUCUCUACAGUAUUAACACAUACACAGACGCACAGAUUGUGUCUGAUCCAAGAGUGCGGGUUGAGCAGGCACUCCGGGAGGCGGGUCUGCACCAAAGCCAGUACGCCAGAGAGGUUCUGUCGGUUAUAAAGCCCCCAAAAACACCUCGCAGAGACAUGCAGUCCAUACUCAAAUUCUGACCAAGGACUUGCAUCUAACUUAGCAUUAUAUGAUAACAUAUAUUACAUGUCACUGAGAUGAAUGUGUAAGUAUAUUCACUGUUGAGCUGUACAAAGUAAAACCGGCAGCUACAGUAUUGUCCACCACAUGACACAGUGCAAUUACCAUUGUUGACUUUUAUUCUUUUUAUUUAGUUUUAUACUCUACAGAACCCAAUGAGAAAUACAGUAUCACACAAUUCUUCAUAGUCAUAAUAAACAUAUAUAUCCAACAACAAAUUCAAAUGACUUCCCUGCAUAUUUAUCAAUAUUUGUAUCCACCUGUUAUGUCACUGUCUGUAACAAACUUAUAUUGCACAAUCUUUACUCUGAGUAUUUAAAAACACGUUCAAGAAAAUCUAUGGAAUGUAAGUGCUUCUCAUCUAAUGAGCAUAUAACAGGAAAAAAAAACUCUAAAACUUGCUACCAUGAGGAGACUACAAACCAAUUAUUAUUUCAAAUGUUCACAUGAGCAAUUUGGAGACGUCUUUAUACAUAUUUGAUUUCGACAUUUCUUGGAAGUCAAGUAUGAAUAUCAACGUACAGAAGACCAUUAUU